GUAAGCUGAGGGAACUAAGGAUGAAGCUGCUAUUUUUAGCCGCCUUUGCACUCUUUGUGCUGUCGACCUUAGACCAGGUCGACUCCUCGGCUUAUGACAAAAUAGUGGCCCACAGUCGCAUCCGGGCAAGGAAACAGGGACCCAAUGUGUGCGCUCUCCAGCAAGUCAUGGGGACCAAGAAGAAAUACUUCAGCACCUGCCGUAACUGGUACCAAGGGGCCAUCUGUGGAAAGAAAGCGACUGUACUUUACGAGUGCUGCCCAGGAUACAUGAAGCUGGAUGGCAUGCAGGGUUGCCCUGCAGUGGCUCCUAUUGACAAUGUGUAUGGCACCUUGGGUCUGGUGAAGGCCAUCUCAACUCAGUCAUACUCAGACAUUUCCAAGCUGAGACCUGAGAUUGAGGGCCCUGGAUCAUUCACCUUCUUUGCCCCCAGCAACGAAGCCUGGGAUCUUUUGGAUGAAACAGUGAGAGGUGCGUUGGUCAGCAAUGUGAACAUCGAGCUGUACAACGCUCUCCAUUACCACAUGGCAAACAAACGCUUCCUGACCAAAGACUUAAAGAACGGAAUGUCUGUGGUCUCCAUGUACAACGACCUCGGCCUUUACAUCAACCAUUACUCCAAUGGCGUGGUGACGGUAAACUGUGCCAGGAUUAUCCAUGGGAACCAGGUAGCCACCAACGGUGUGGUGCAUGUCAUUGACCGCGUCAUCAGCGCUGUUGGAAACACCAUCCAGGACGUCAUCGAGGUUGAUGAUGACCUGACAUCUCUCAGUGCUGUUGCUCUUGCUUCUGGUUUGUUGGAAAAACUGGGUCAGCCAGGACAAUACACCCUAUUUGCGCCCACCAAUGAGGCCUUCGAGAAGCUAGACAAGGAUGUUCUGGAAAGACUCAUGGGGGACAAGGAUGUCCUCAAAGCUCUGCUGAACUUCCAUCUGCUGAACUCAGCCCAUUGCUCUGAGGCCAUCAUGGCUGGCACCUCAUAUGAGACCAUGGAGGGUAACAACAUUGAGAUUGGCUGUGAUGGUGACAGCCUCACGGUCAAUGGCAUCAAGAUGGUGCUGAAGAAGGACAUUGUGACCACCAAUGGUGUCAUCCACCUCAUUGAUCAAGUGCUCAUGCCUGACUCAGCUAAGCAGGUGAUGGAGUUGAUCGGCACUUCCCAGUCAACCUUUGGUGAUAUGGUGUCAGAGCUGGACCUGGCUGGUGCAAUGAGACCAGACGCUGAAUACACUUUACUGGCUCCCCUCAACGUUGCCUUCACUGAUGAAGUAAUGUCUAUGGAUCAGAGGUUGCUAAAGCUUAUCCUGGAGAGACAUAUUCUCAAAUCAAAAGUUGUUCUGGGCCAGUUGUACAACGGCCAGCGUCUGGAGACCAUUGGAGGGCAGUUUCUGAGGGUCUUCAUCUAUCGCACUGCGGUGUGUAUUGAGAAUUCUUGCUUGGUAAGGGGCAGUAAGGAAGGAAGCAAUGGAGCCCUUCAUCUUAUGAGGACGCUGCUGAAGCCAGCAGAGAAAAACUUCUUUGAGAUUCUGACUGAAAACGGAGGCUUUACGGUCUUUUUGUCCCUUGUAGAGGCUGCUGGUUUGACUGACCUACUGAAGCAGGAGGGAGACUUUACCCUGUUUGCUCCAAGUGAUGAAGCUUUUGCUGCUUUGAGUGACAGUGAUUUGGACUUGUUGAAGAGUGACAUGAAUGCCCUGCAAACCAUCCUCCUGUACCACUUCAGUAAUGGUGUUUUCAUUGGUGGGGGUUUGGAGUCUGGGGUGACAAAUCUCCUUAAGUCUCUGCAGGGCAGCAACCUCAAAGUGUUGUUUGCAAACAACACUAUGCAAGUGAAUUCUGUCCAAGUCUCCGAACCCGAUAUGAUGGCGUCGAAUGGAGUCAUUCACUUCACUAACACUGUGUUGUACCCCGGAGAUGUCCCUGUUGGAAGCCAGGAUCUCCUUGGGCUGUUGAAGAGGCUCAUCACUUACAUUCAAAUCAAGUACAUUACUGGAUUCAGAUAUCAGGAAAUCCCCCUUACAUUCAUGAAGAGGACCGUCACUCAUGUGAUCGAGGAAGUUCCCGAAGUGACCAAAGUGACCAGGGUUAUCGAAGUAGACCCCAUCAUCACCAAGGUUACAAGAGUGCUCGAUGGACAGCCGUCAAUCACCAAGGUCACCAGGAUCAUUGAAGGUCAACCCUCCAUUACCAAGGUCACCAGGGUGGUUCCAGGCCCGCAGUACUCUGUCAGCGGCAGCAUCUCCGACGUGGCCACGGAAGGUGCUGACUUCACCACCAUCGAGGGGGACCCUGAGGUGCUAACCAAAUUCAUCCAAGAGGGUACCACAAGAAGAACUAUUGGUCGAAGACCUUCAGCAGGCAUCAGGAGGAGAACAAGGCUUGCCCAUGACAAGAGACAGCAGUAAGCCCGGAUAGACCAGAUUACUUAGGUUGCAGAGGCGAGGUACCGCAGAUACCCAGAAAAUGCACAUUAGUCUUGCACAUUGGCUGUCAGUCGAAAUGUCGGAGCAUUUUUCACUAUGCUGUAAACUGGUACGAGUGACAGAAAUAAAAUCAUGAUCAUGAACAACUCGGUGGUGCUUUCAGUAUAUACCUGAUGGUGCAAUGACGGAGCCGAGUAUUAUAAACCUUCGGCUCUGUAUAUGUAAAUAGCAUUCAAAUGAUGAUUUUGGCAGGUCUUUGAAGACAGAGCAAUGAUAGAGUAAAUAUGAAAUUUUACAGAUUAAAGCUUUUAAGGUAGCAAUUAAAAAGCUUCAAAUUCUACAUGUUGCUGUGCCACUGCUAGUGGGGGAAGCUGACGUGCAUUGAUUUUUAAGAAGCUUUCUGAAGAUUUUAAAAUGUAUUUCAACAUGGAGAGGAUUUUGUGGUGCAUGCAUUUAAAACACCCCCCCCCCCAAGAGGCUGUUUUCUGAAUUUUACUUCCACGUUAUUUUAACUUCUCUUUUGCUGUGUGUUGUUUAAACUUCGAUGGUAUUCUUUGCUGUAUUCUUGAUUACUGGAAAAUUAUAUUUUUUUCUUCUUUGCAUUUUCCCAGUAUUUUUUCUAAUGAAGUGUAUGCUUCGAUAUGAAUUGUCAAUUUCAAGAUGGCCUUUCACGGGAUGUCAACAAGUCAUUUCUGAUAUAACUGUAAGACUC